AUGAAUAACAUUAGAAAUUCUGCUAAGGAGUCAUCACUUCAGUUCAAGAAAGAUUUUGAUCAAGAGAACAAUAUAUUGAAUUUCUACUUUGCGGAAGAAUAUACUGUGUAUAAAAGGUGA